UCUUUCGACCUUUGCUGCGCUAUACUCAGACACCUAAUCACACGGUCAUGAUGAUGGAAAGCCAACUACUUACUUGCGUCGGUGACUACGUGCCCAUCAUCUCGACCAUCACUUUUAUUUGUUCAGCGUUUAUCCUGUCCUUACGUCUGCUCACCAAAAAUCCACUUUCACAGAUUCCGCUGAUUGGAGAGGAGAUUGGUAAUGCAAAGGCACGACGGGACUACUAUCUUGCGCAUGGCAAGGAACUCUAUCUCAGGGGGUGUAAGAAAUGCAAGUCCUUCACAGGCUUCCGAAUCACCACGGCCGAUGGUACCGAGGAUAGAUUGGUCAUAUCUCCACGAUAUCUCGAUGAGCUGAGGAAACUUCCCGACAGUGUUCUCAGCUUUGAGGGUGCUCUUGAGGAGUCUAUGGAGAAGAGGUUCACCAAGGUUCCGGCUUUCCAUUCCAUGGUCGUCACUCCUCAUGUCAUCAAGGCCGAUCUGACACCAGCUCUUGUACGCAUCAAUCCUGUUCUUUUUGACGAAGUAAACUCCCUGGUGAGAAAAGAGAUUGGUGAUAAUGCAGGUUGGACGCCUGUGAAUAUUCAUCAGAAGCUCCUUAGAAUCGUGGCUAUUGCUUCUGGACGAAUAUUUGUCGGACCCGAACUCUGCUAUAACGAGGACUAUAUUGAGUCAGCCAUUAAAUAUACGAUCGAGCUCAUGGAUGCUCAUCGCAAGGUCAAGGGCCUAAGUCCAUGGCUUAAGAGGCUCAAAGGGAACUUCCUCCCAGAGGUCAAGACCCUCCGCAAGAGGGAAGAAAAUUUCAACAACCUCAUUGCCCCAGUUCUUAAACAACGCCGCUGCCUCGCUGCCUCCGGCGAAGUCCUCCCUGACGACGUUCUGUCCUGGCUGAUCACAAAAGCCGACAAGCAUGGCACGUCGUCGACUGAAGAUAUUGCUUACAUUCAGCUCGGUAUGACAUUCGCCGCAAUACACACCACCACCAUGACCAGUACCAAUGUCUUUUAUGACCUCGCCGCGCACCCUGAGUACAUUACUCCUCUAAGAGAAGAAAUCCGCACUGUGCUCGCCGAACACAAUGGCGUCCUCACUGUUGCUGCGCUUCAACAACUCCGUAAGAUGGACUCCUUCAUUAAGGAGAGCAUGCGCUUCCACCUGGGCAGUGCUGUCUCCAUGAGACGGAAAGUCAUGGCACCCUUCACGCUCUCAAACGGCCAGUUCAUCCCUGCCGGCACCAUGAUAGAGGUGGCCGGUCACGCAAUAUCUCGCGAUCCCGAGCUCUAUCCGGAGCCAGAAAAGUUCAAGCCAUUCCGAUUUGCGGAACUGCGCGACUCGGGGGCUGAGGGUGCAUCAAGGUAUCAAUUCGUCAGCGUCACGAAGGACUUAAUGACAUUCGGUUUCGGUCGUCACGCCUGCGUUGGCCGGUUUUUUGCUGCCAAUGAGAUUAAGAUGAUCGUAGCACAGACGUUGCAGAAGUAUGAUAUGAAGAUGCCGGAAGGGCAGACGGAGCGGUUCCCAAAUCUUGAAUUCGGAGUGCAUUCAAUGGCAGACCCGACGAGGGAGUUGUCUUUCAAAAAUGUGGAGGUUUAG